AUGCUCCCAUCGCCGCCGGCGAUAUCGCCGGCGCGGCUGCACAAGCUGGUGACGUCGCAGCAGGAUCCGCUCCUCGCGCUGGAGCUCGUCACCGUCACCUCCCCGACCACCAAGCCGCACCCUGCCACGCUCCACUCCCUCCUGCUCCGCCUCGCCCGCCGCCGCGACCACCUACCCCACGCGCUCGCGCUCCUCCGCCGCCUCCCGUCCCCGCCGUCCCCGCACCUCCUGCUCCCGCUUCUCCUCUCGGUGCUCCGCCUCCGCCGGCCGCCUCAGCUCUUUCUCUCCACCUUCAACUCCCUCUUCGUCUCGGGGCCCAGCCCUUUGCCGCUCCACCCGCAGCUCCUCCUCCGCCUCCUCGGCGCCCUAUCCUCCACCCCGUCCCACUUCCCGUCUGCGCUUCACCUCCUCCGCCUCGUCUCCUCGCGGCUACCUCUCCCCGCUCCGCUCGUCCUCGCCUCCCACAACCUGCUAAUCGACGCCGCGGCUCGAUCCGGCCACGUCGCCGUGUCACUCUCACUCUUCCACCGCCUCCGCUCGCUCCAUGUAUCCCCCGAUGCCGACACCUACCGCAUCCUUACGCAAUCACUCUGCUGCAAGGCCCAGGUCCGAACCGCGGCUACACUGCUCGACGAAAUGCUGCACAGGGGCAUCCCUGCCGAUCCACUGGCGUACACCACCGUGCUGAACGCUCUCUGCCGCAAGAAGCAGCUCCGAGAGGCAUACCGCCUGCUCUGUCUCAUGCGAGGCCGUGGAGUCUCCCUUGACAUUGUGCAUUACAACACGGUCAUUGUCGGGAUGUGCCGCGAGGGACGGACACUGGAUGCCUGCAAGGUUGUUGGUGAUAUGGUGGAGAGCGGAUGUACACCGAAUGCAGUGACAUAUGCCACAGUGGUGAAUGGGCUGUGCGUAAGCGGAUUAUAUGAUAAGGCGGAGGCUUACCUGGCGGACAUGGUUGGUAAAGGGCUUGUUCCACAUUUCUCAGUGUUUCAUUCAGUUAUCAAGGGUUGCUGUACAGUUGGGAAAGUAGAAGAGGCUGCACAAAUUAUGAGCUGGAUGCUUGAUCUUGGAGUGGUUCCGCAUGUUGAGAGCUGGAGUUCACUGAUCAGGUGUGUUUGUACUGAUGAGGAUUGUAUUGAGGCAGAAUUGUUGCAGAUGGUGGGAUGGCAGUGUGGUUCAAACACGAUCUCUAGCAGUACCUUAAGUGAUGUCACUUGA